AUGGCAUUCGAACAAUUCAAAAAGGACGACAAGUCAUCGUUAGAAAUAGCAAAAACAAUUGAGCGUUGUGCUGUUUGCGGUGAUUUAGCAACUGGCUUCCAUUAUGAAGUUGCCAGUUGCAAUGGAUGUAAAACAUUUUUCCGACGUACUUUGGUGUCUAAUCGAACUUAUAAAUGCCACAAAAAUGGUAAUUGUAUAUUUGAUAAAGAUAUGAGAUGUGCCUGUCGAGCAUGCAGAUUUGAUAAAUGUGUUGCAGUUGGUAUGAAUCCAAAAGCAAUUCAAUGCAAUCGUUCCGGACGCUUAUCAUUAUCACUGGAAGUUUCACCUACCUCCCAAAAUGCUUCGUUUGAAUUUGAUAUACCUCAACAACAAGCGCCCACUUCAACUAGUACAGAGAAUGACCAUUACUAUUAUUAUCCCUUUCUUGACACUACUGAUAUCAAUCGUAAAUGCUUAUCAGCAAGUCCAGAUAAUGAAUCAGGAACAUCUAAACGAGCUUAUACCAUUUCAGCUAUUCUUGAUUUUCCAAAAUCUAAAAAUAAUGCAUUAGCAACAAGUGACGAAAAUUCUAGAUUUAAAUAUUCAGAAAUAAAUAUAUCAUCAUCAACAACUACCACUAAUAUUAUUACAAGCAUUGAUGAUACAAUUCGAAAGUAUUGCUCCAUCACAGAAAAACAUGAACGACUUAUUUCGCAUCUUAUUCAUGCACAAGAAAUUAUUAAUGAAGCAUUAGAUGCAGAAAAAUGUAAUACAUCAAUUUCAAUUCUCGAUUUGUUAACACGGCCAUCAAUUGUGUCAACGUUGUCAACCACAUCAUCAGUUAGUGAUGUUGAUGAUGAACAAAAGCAGUAUAACAAUGGGCCAGGAGCGAUGUUAAAUCAAAAAUUAGAAAUUAUGGUAGAAUAUGCUAAAACAUUUGAAUCAUUUCAAUGGAUGCCAAUUCAGGAUAAGGUAUUAUUAUUACGUGAUGUUGCAUUUGUGUUAAUUUUAUUGGAAACUGCUUAUAAAAAAUCUAUUUCAAAAUGCACAUCUGUAUUAAAUCAUAGAAAUCAACGAGAAAAACAAUCAAUCGAAGAGAAUAUUGGAAUAUCAGUGAUAAUUGAAAGUUUUAAUAGAGCAAAAUUGGAUAAGAAAGAAUUUUUAUUGCUCAAAGCAAUUGCUUUUAUGCAUUCUGAAUGUUCUGGUUUAUCGACAAACAGUUUUAAACAACUAUCAUGUCAACGACAGAUAAUUUUGGAUACCCUAUUUAAUUAUAUGAUAUUCAAACAUGACAAACAUGGCCCAGUACGUUUCGGUCAUGCGUUAUCGGUGCUUUGGUCCGUUUAUGAGGCAACAAAUUCUUAUGUGGAAAGUUUAAUGGAUAUGGAUUUGAAGCCACUCACCAUAGAGUUACUAGCUAAUAAAUUGCCAGAACCUCUUACAUAA